GCCAGAGCUGUCGUAAUGCUCAUACUGAUGCCUCGAGAGAAAUGAGAUGUGUUUCAGUCUCUGAUGUUGUGGAGAGGUGUACGGAUAACCAAACCGUGCGUCCUGCUCAUGUUGCAUUUCGAUUGAGUAUAGUGGCAAAUUAAACAUUAAUAUCGUGAUUGAGUUUUUCUUCCUAAUAUAUAUGUGCGCUGAUUCUACAGGAGGCAACAUCUGCGUUGUGGAAAUUUAGUGCAGAUUUUGGAUACUGUUGCGCUCCCUGUGAUCUUUCAAAAGCAGUUUCCCCGAGGGUGACAGCGCACUUUGGAUUAAGGACUUAAACACUUGGGAGUGAUGGCGGCGUCGGUACCCUCCUCCACCUCCUCCUGUGGCGGUGAUCCAGACCCCAACUCGACAAAUUUACGGCCACCCUCCUCAAAUUAUGACUGGAGUGGAGUAGCACACGGCUGUACGAGAAAGCUUGGAAUGAAGAUAUGCGGAUUCUUGCAGAAGAACAAUAAUGCUGACGACAAGAGUCGAAUUGUCGGCUUUUUUAACGAUCAGCAGACAUCCAAGAGCAUUUUCACCCAGGAUAAUGAGCGAGAGUCUCGCUACAGACGCACAGAGGCAGACUUCUCAAAUCUAUACGCAAGGGAUCUGCUUCCUUCCAAAAAUGGAGAGGAGUAUACAAUCCAGUUUCUUCUGGAGGUUGUAGACAUCCUGACUAACUAUGUGCGGAAGACCUUCGACAGAUCCACCAAAGUGCUGGAUUUUCAUCAUCCCCAUCAGCUGCUGGAGGGAAUGGAGGGAUUUAACUUAGAGCUGUGUGAUCAGCCAGAGAGCCUGGAGCAGAUCCUGGUGGACUGCAGAGAUACACUUAAAUAUGGAGUUCGGACAGGUCACCCUAGGUUUUUUAACCAGCUGUCUUCAGGUCUAGACAUCAUAGGUUUAGCUGGAGAGUGGCUAACAUCUACGGCUAAUACAAACAUGUUCACAUAUGAAAUUGCACCAGUGUUCGUUCUAAUGGAGCAACUAACCCUGAUGAAGAUGCGAGAGAUUAUCGGCUGGCCAAAUGGAGAGGGAGAUGGGAUAUUUUCUCCAGGAGGAGCGAUCUCAAACAUGUAUAGCGUGAUGGUGGCACGGUACAAGCAUUACCCUGAAGUUAAAAUCAAAGGCAUGGCUGCGGUUCCCAGGCUGGUGCUCUUCACCUCAGAACAUAGUCACUACUCUAUAAAGAAGGCGAGUGCAGCGCUGGGAUUUGGCACAGAGAAUCUGAUCUUACUGAACACAGAUGAGAGAGGUAGAGUCAUACCGGCUGACCUGGAGGCAAAGGUCAUUGAUGCCAAGCAGAAGGGAUUUGUGCCGCUGUUUGUGAAUGCAACAGCUGGAUCGACUGUUUAUGGUGCCUUUGAUCCAAUCAAUGAGAUCGCUGACAUCUGUGAGAAAUACAACAUGUGGCUUCAUGUAGAUGGAGCGUGGGGUGGAGGUCUGCUGAUGUCCAGAAAACACAGACACAAAUUACAUGGCAUCGAGAGAGCCAAUUCUGUCACAUGGAACCCUCACAAGAUGAUGGGCGUUCCACUACAGUGCUCCGCCAUUCUGGUCCGCGAGAAGGGUCUUCUACAGGGUUGCAACUCCAUGUGUGCUGGAUAUCUCUUUCAGCCCGACAAACAGUAUGAUGUCACGUAUGACACGGGGGAUAAGGUCAUACAGUGUGGUCGCCACGUCGACAUCUUUAAAUUCUGGCUCAUGUGGAAGUCAAAGGGCACCAUUGGUUUUGAGAAACACAUAGACAGAUGUCUGGAGUUAUCGGAGUAUCUUUACCACAAGAUAAAAAACCGUGAAGGAUAUGAGAUGGUGUUUCAAGGAGAGCCCCAGCACACCAACGUGUGUUUCUGGUACAUUCCUCCAAGCUUGCGGGGUCUGCCGGAUGGACAGGAGAAAAGACAAAGACUCCACAAGGUGGCCCCUAAAAUCAAGGCAAUGAUGAUGGAGUGUGGGACAACCAUGGUGGGCUACCAGCCUCAGGGUAAUAAGGUCAACUUCUUCCGAAUGGUUGUGUCCAAUCCAGCUGCUACCAGGUCAGAUAUCGACUUCCUCAUCGAUGAAAUAGAAAGACUGGGCCAGGAUUUAUAAGAGGGCCUGUGGGGUGAAAAAGGAGAAGACAUUUUGGAGUAUUGUAUUUGCUGCACGAUCCGAGUACUAGACCGGUGGAGGGUUCUAGAGUAAUGAAGGUUCCACCAGGGUCACAAUCUAGACUGACAUUCCAGAAUGAAGAGGUGGUGAACUCCUUGAUCAUUUUAAUACUGAAGAACCAUACAGUAUAUCGUGACAACAAAUGUCUAAUCCAUCCUGUCAUCUGCCUGAUACAUACUGGAAACAUUGUGCUCACUAUGCUAUACAACUAAACAUUUCAGUCAUGUUUCAGGAUCAAUACAAGUUAAUCUCUAUGAAUCACAUCUCUUGCCUGGUUUCCAUUAAAGAUUUGCACAAACACACAUUCUUUUAAAUGUCAAUAAAAAUGUCAAUUAAUUUCCAUUAACCCAUGUUCUGCGACUAAAACGCAAAGGUUUCCUCUCGCUAUAAGUCAUUCCAAAAAUCAUGGUGACGGAUGGUAGGUUUAUGUAUUUCACAGACACUAGAGGUCUUCACAGGUCCACUUAGAUCUGAAGCCCAGAGGUCCAAGCCUGAGACCCGAGAGGAUUUGGGUCUAAAUGUUUUUACGUGUGCCUCGGACAUGGGUUGUGUAUAUUAGCGGCCUCAGGUCAUUUAAAAUGAAUGCGUUUUUGCCAAACAGAACCUAGAAUCGGCCAAACUAUCUUGUGUGUGUGCGCAUCGGGUCCUUUUCCAACUGCCCCUGUUUACCAAGAGCGCUUGCAACAUCUGGCUGACGCAUAGACUGUAAAAAAAUAUGGACGUAGUGUCUGUGACAUCACCCAUUGGUUUCGUUUUUGAAGCUUAAAGUAGGCGUUGCCUGCCGUCGCCAUCAUGCCACUCAUCUCAGGUCAUCGCGAAUCACUAGCCGAAAACUGAAAAUGGGUAAAGAGGCGGGACAUGGGUGAAGCUGGGGUGGCUGGUUGCUGAAACCACGCCCGCCGAGCUCGAUUCUAGUGACAGCAGUUGCCGUUGACCCAUCACUCAAGUGGCCACGCCCUUAAUUAUGCAGAACUUUACGGCUUAAUAUAAUUUAAACGGAUGAGUUACAAAAAAAAUCACCCCCCUCACAGUUGUCCUGAAGGGCAAAAUUAGCUAUACCAAAAACACUUUUUGUACCAGGCUGUAAACAUAUUAUUUUCUACUUUAAAGUUGGGCAUUUUCAUCAUGGUGGUCUACGGGAAUUGACUCCCUUUUCGUUUCGUUUUCGUUCAGCGGACCAAAUUGGUUGUAAGCCACCGAGGUUUCUUUCUGUCUUACUGGUGCAUGUGGAGCUGCAGACCGCCGAAGCGUUGGUGAUGUUUACAUUUGGGUCCAAUUGGGUUACAAAAAAUGCCACUGGUUAGGGUUGAACUUGGGUCUAAUUUUCUUGUUUGGGUCAGGUCUUUAUUAAAAAAAAAAGAUUUUGCACAUCGAGUUCAGGUAAAAAGUUAUUUGGGUCAUAUCGGGUCAGAUACAUUUCUUUGGACCAAAGAUCACCUCUAACAGCCACAACCCAGCAAGCAAUUUUGCAUUUAAAGGGUUGAAAUUUUAUUGAUGUCUAACCAUAGCCCAAGAAUAAAUAAAGUUAAAUAAAAUAAAUAAAUUAAAAAAACGACAUUCAAGUUUAUUUUGGCUAGAAGUGGGCUACCCAUAGCCGGACUACAUCGGGUUAACCAAGAUGGAGAAAUGAUAACUAUUGCUUGCUGGGGUUAUUAGUUUUUAAAUUUAAUAAAAGGAGACGCAGGCAUGUUAGCUAAAUAUUAAUGGCAAAGAAAACCCCUUACAUUUGGAAGUGGCCUCGGAGAGGUUAUAGUUCAAGAAUUUGCAUUUAUAAAGAAUGAUCAUGUGAAAUUUACCCCCAUCAGGUGACCUGUAAAUGUUAAAAAAUUACACUUUUUGUUUUCAUUGGACAAUGGACAUAUUUUCAAUUCACAAUUUCAAUUUGCACAAUUUGAAGAGUAAUGGAAACGCAGCUUGUGACAUGCUAUUGUGUUUACGUUCACAGUGGAUGUGCCACAAUGAUGUUUUGUGUCAAUAGAGCUUAACUUGUUUCGAACAGAACAUUUCCUUUAAAAUCCAUAAUAUGUCUGAAAGGUAAAUAUAAAUCAAAGGAGUUAUACUGUAAAAUAUCUUAUAACCAUCUGGACAUAGUGGUGUCCAUGUUAUUGCACAGUCAAAUACAUAGUUUCUUAGCUGUUAUGUAAUAUAGGACUGAUUACUGUAUGUACUGUCAUUGGACUAAGACACCGAUUUUUAAAAUGUAUAAACUUUGCGUAAAUUGUGAUUGUUUGUGACAAACAUCUAUCACAUACAGUAGACAUGUUUGAAUAGUGCUAAAGAUUAUCUAGAGCUACUUGUUGACAUGUAAUUUAUAUUGCAAGAAUAACUGUGUGAAAGACGUAAAUCUAUUUGUACCUGUGAGUAGCUUUAUUUGUAUAUGAGAGACAAUAUUUCUAUUGUUUAAUUGUCUUAGAUAUUUUCAUCUAUUUAUUAACCAAAGACAUGGGACGAAAUGACAUUUAGUUACAAAUCUGCACACCUGGCAUAGUAAUAAAGCAAAACAUAGACUUUAUGUGUAAUAUCAAUAUAACAAGCUUUUAUUAACCAUACUGCCAUGCAAUGAAUGUUGUAGCUGACAUCUGGUUCCUGAUGGUCACAGAAUGUUAUAUUAAAACUGCAAAAAAUAUAUCAUUCAACUAAAAGAAUGAGAACAGUAAAUAAAUGAUGUAAAAUAGCAUUUAUGGUGAUGAAAUUUGGUGAUAAAACUUGAAAAAGAGAUUUUUAUUAGUGGAUGUAGAUGAUUAGAGAUUGAGUUAUUGUCUUAUACAGUGACCAAUUCCUGAAUCUCCAAACUUUAGGAAACUGUGCUAAUAGUUUGUGUAUGCAAUGUUGAUUUAACUCUGCCCUGUAGAUGCAAUUCUAAAAGCACUGUAUUUUAACCUACAGUACAGUCACUGCCUGUUUAAGUGCAAUGUUGCUGUUCACUUUCACCAUUACAAAUAAACAUCAAACGUUA